GACCUUUCCCAAGCUCAAACAGCGAUGUCCUCUGUAGCGCCCCUCGAACAAGUCUCUUCAAACAAAACUUUUGAAGGUGAACUCAUUAAAUACAAAUUCAAGUCUGCCAGUCUUGGUGGUCUAUCCGCCAACUUCAACCUCUUCUUGCCUCCCAACGCGUCUCCUACCAACAAAGUACCUGUUCUGAUCUAUUUAUCGGGAUUGACAUGUACAGAAGACAAUGGAGCACAAAAAGGUGGCUUCCUCGGUCCGGCCUCACUGCAAGGCAUCGCUAUCCUAUUCCCCGACACCUCUCCCCGUGGUGCCGGCAUCGAAGGAGAGGACGACGACUGGGACUUUGGAACUGGUGCGGGCUUCUAUCUGAACGCUACCAACCCAAAGUAUUCUUCCCACUACAAUAUGUACACCCACGUUACCCUCGAGCUUCCUCAAGUUAUCGAAUCUGCUGGUUUGCCUAUUGACUGGAAACGCCAAUCCAUCUUUGGCCACAGCAUGGGCGGUCAUGGGGCUUUGACCAUCUAUCUCAACUCCCCGAAGCAGUAUCGAUCUGUUUCUGCGUUUGCUCCGAUAGCUAACCCAACCAAAUGUCCUUGGGGUGAAAAGGCGUUCAAGGGCUAUCUACAGGGAGGGAUCGAAGAAGCGAGGGAGAGAUAUGACGCGACUGAGUUGAUCGCCAAGCAGAAAGAUCCCGUUCAUAUCCUCAUCGACUACGGAACUCACGACAACUUUUACAAACAAGGUCAGCUUUUGCCUGAAAAUUUCCUCAAGGCUGGUCGAGAUGCAGGGUAUGACGAAGUACAAGUAAGGGUGAGAAAUCAGGAAGGUUAUGAUCACAGUUAUUACUUCAUUUCCACAUUCGCUCGCGAUCAUAUCUAUUUCCAUGCCAAUUUUCUCAAAGCGUAAACUACAAAGUGUGUAAAAUUACUUGCAUCAAGUACAAGCCGUUCGUAUAUUUUUAUUGUCGUACUUGAAAAGGAAUAGCAGCGACUAUGAACAGACGAAAGCACA